AUGGAUGAGGAAGUGCAUUCCGCAAAUCUUACUGCGGGGCAGGGUGCGGCUUCGCCUCUGCUGUUCAAUGCUUCUGCCAUGCAGAAUAACAAGGGAUUUCAACCCAUCUACAAGUACAUCGCCUUCGGCGGCACUUUCGACCGUCUGCACUUUGGCCACAAACUUCUUCUGACGAUGGCGGCCUUGUACGCGACGGAUAAGCUGCUCGUAGGGGUUACGGGAGAAUCAAUGAUAAAGGACAAGAAGUUUUCCGAAAAAAUCCAGCCCGUUGAUAUUCGCAAGGCGAAUGUGAAGCGCUUUUUAGAAAAAGUCAGAAGCGAUCUCGUUCUUGAAAUCGAGACGAUACACGACCAGGCCGGCGGAACGGACUUGAUCCCUGAAUUGGAGGCUUUGAUUGUCUCUCGCGAGACUGAAAAGGCCGUAGACACCAUUAAUGAGGUACGCCAGGCAAAGCAUAAUCUGAAGCCGCUUGAAAGUAUCGUAAUUCCGUACGUGCAAGCGAUGGAUGGUCGAAUCCUAAGCUCCACGGAAUUGCGGCAAUUGAACAUUCUCUUCGAGUCUUGA